AAAAGAUAUAUUGGCCACACAAAAUCGCAAUUGAAACUCCUUGGGCGCUCAGCUUUGCUGCUACUUAGGAGGAGCUACGACUAUAAGCAGUGUCUGUUUAUUUUUUUGUUCUUUUCUUUAUUGGAAAAUCAAAAGCAAAAACUGAGAGAGAUUGUUAGUUUUAGGAAGCUAUCCAUGGAGCCAGAAUAUGGAAUCUCGACUCCUAUUCGAAAUCCUUCCUCGCUUUCAUGGGUCAACCUCUCGAGGAACCUAAUAUUAGCGUACCAGAGCUUGGGGGUGGUGUAUGGAGACCUGAGCACUUCACCUCUUUAUGUUUACUCAAGCACAUUCAUAGGGAAGUUGCAGAAUCAUCAAAAUGAAGAAGCAAUAUUCGGAGCGUUUUCCUUGAUUUUUUGGACCCUUACAUUGAUACCCCUUCUCAAAUAUGUGUUUAUCUUGCUGAGUGCAGAUGAUAACGGUGAAGGUGGCACUUUUGCUCUUUACUCGCUGCUUUGCAGGCACGCAAAGUUUAGCUUGCUUCCCAAUCAGCAAGCAGCUGAUGAAGAGCUCUCCACCUACAAAUAUGGGCCCUCGACACAGGCUGCUGGUUCUUCUCCGUUGAAGCGAUUUUUGGAGAAACAUAAAAGGCUAAGGACAGCCCUUCUUGUUGUGGUACUCUUUGGUGCUUCUAUGGUCAUAGGUGAUGGUGUGCUCACUCCAGCAAUAUCAGUUCUCUCAUCGGUGUCUGGGCUAAAAGUUACUGAAGAUAAACUAACUAAUGGUGAGGUCCUCUUGCUUGCCUGUGUCAUAUUGGUAGGCCUAUUUGCUCUGCAGCAUUUUGGCACACACAGGGUAGCAUUUAUGUUUGCGCCGAUUGUGAUCAUCUGGCUGGUCUCAAUUUUUUCCAUUGGUUUGUACAACAUAAUACAUUGGAACCCAAAGAUUAUUUGUGCAAUUUCUCCAUAUUAUAUUAUCAAGUUCUUUAGAGAGACUGGUAAAGAUGGCUGGAUUUCUCUUGGAGGGAUCCUUCUCUCAAUAACUGGUACUGAAGCUAUGUUUGCAGACCUUGGUCAUUUCACUGCCUUAUCAAUUAGGCUUGCAUUUGCAUUUGUAAUAUAUCCGUGUUUGGUUGUACAAUACAUGGGUCAAGCUGCGUUCUUGUCAAGAAACCUAUCAAUUCGUAACAGUUUUUAUGACUCAAUUCCUGGUCCUGUAUUUUGGCCUGUCUUUGUAAUUGCCACCCUUGCAGCUAUUGUUGGGAGUCAGGCUGUUAUAACUGCCACUUUUUCUAUAAUCAAACAAUGUCAUGCGCUUGGAUGCUUUCCUCGAGUCAAAAUUGUUCACACCUCAAAACAUAUAUAUGGCCAAAUCUACAUCCCAGAAAUAAACUGGAUACUCAUGAUCCUUACUCUUUCCAUAACUAUUGGAUUUCAAGAUACAACUUUGAUUGGAAAUGCUUAUGGACUUGCAUGCAUGACGGUGAUGUUCAUUACAACAUUUCUCAUGGCACUUGUGAUAACCUUUGUUUGGCAGAAAAGCGUUUUGCUUGCUGCAAUGUUCCUUCUGUUCUUUUGGUUUGCUGAAGGGGUCUAUUUAUCAGCAGCACUCACGAAAGUGCCUCAAGGAGGAUGGGUGCCUUUUGUGCUGUCUAUCAUCUUUAUGAUGGUUAUGUACAUUUGGCACUAUGGGACUCGCAAGAAGUACAACUUUGACCUGCACAAUAAAGUAUCAUUGAAAUGGUUGCUUGGCUUGGGCCCUAGCCUUGGUAUUGUCCGUGUGCCUGGAAUAGGCCUCAUAUACUCCGAACUGGCAACAGGAGUCCCUGCAAUCUUCUCCCACUUUGUCACAAAUCUACCUGCAUUCCAUAAGGUGUUAGUUUUUGUUUGUGUGAAAUCAGUUCCAGUUCCAUAUGUAUCACCAGAAGAACGCUUUCUUAUUGGUCGGAUUUGCCCCAGGCCAUAUCGUAUGUAUAGGUGCAUUGUCAGGUAUGGCUACAAAGAUAUUCAACGGGAUGAUGGGGAUUUUGAGAACCAGCUUAUACAAAGCAUAGCAGAGUUCAUCCAGAUGGAAGCUGGAGAACCACAAUUUUGUAGUUCUGAGAGUUCCUCAUAUGAUGGGAGGAUGGCUGUUAUAAGUACCAGAACCAUCCAAUCAAGCUCAAGUUUAAUAGUUUCUGAGAUAGAGGAUUUCACUAUUAGCAACAGCAUCCAAAGCAGCAAAUCCUUAGCCCUACAGAGCUUGCGAUCUGCUUACGAUGAUGAGAAUCCGGCAGUUAGGAGGCACCAGGUGAGAUUUCAACUACCACCAAAUCCUGGUAUGGAUCCUUUAGUUAGGGAAGAGCUGAUGGAUUUAAUCGAGGCAAAGGAAGCUGGGGUUGCAUAUAUAAUGGGUCACUCAUAUGUCAAGGCCAGGAGAUCUUCAUCAUUUUUGAAAAAACUUGUGAUUGAUAUGGGGUAUUCAUUUCUCCGAAAGAACUGCAGGGGCCCUGCUGUGGCACUAAACAUUCCUCACAUCAGUCUCAUCGAAGUUGGAAUGAUAUACUAUGUUUAGUCAUUUGAGGAAGAAUCUGUAUGGCUAGAUGUUGAGGUAGCUGUUGCUGUUGCCUUUGCAUAGGAACAUGAAGGCACAUUGCAAUCCGAUUUGGAUAUAGUUUUUUCUUGAGGGAACUUUCAUUUUAGGUACUCACCUUUUCCAUGUAUAUAGAUAAAUAACAUUAUCAGUCAUUAUUAUUAUUAUUAUUCACCUGAUAAGUUAUGGUUUUCGGAUGA